AUGUAAAACAUGAGCGCCGACAAUGGAAAAAAACUAUUUGUGAAAAGUUGCGCGCAAUGCCAUUCCAUAGAGGCAGGGGGGAAGCAUAAAGUCGGGCCUAAUCUCCACGGGCUUAUCGGCCGUAAGUCAGGUACCGCUGCAGGAUUCAGCUACUCGGACCCUAUGAAGAAUAAAGGGGUGACGUGGAACGAGGCGGCAUUGAGUGAAUACCUGGCGAACCCAAAGAAGUUUGUUCCUGGCACAAAAAUGGUGUUCGCAGGGCUUAAAAAGCCGGCGGAUGUGGCAGAUCUCGUCGCGUACCUUAAAUCUGCUACGAAAUAACCAAGUAACUGAAGAAAUUUGGAAUAAG